UGGAGUGGGGUGUUAGGUAUUCCGAUAAGAAAAAAAUAGUCUAAAAAUGGGAGGAAAGAGCAUUGAAUUUGUGCUACUGGAUAGAGAUGAUAGCAUUGGCUUUAUGUUUUGCAUGCAUCCAGCAGCCAAUAUUCCUGUGAAAAUUUUUAGAAAGAUGGCCACUGAUGAGAGCCUAGCUCUGAGUGGUUAACUGAGAAAUAAUAUCUGAAAUAUGGGUGGUAACUCCCACCACUGGGUGGUAAUAUCUAAAUAUCAUUAUUUCCUCUCUCUCUUUUUUUUUUUUUUUUUUUUUAAGGGAAAAUAAAAUGAUCUUUUUAAUGGUGUUUGGCACUAGGGGAUAAAUAUUUGCUGGGGCAAAAUCUUAAAGUCCAGGAAGCCCUGAUGUUUAGAUACUGCUUCUUGGAAGCAGAAUUGGUUAAACCUGCUGCUGUUAAUGUACUCCUGGUUGGAGCUGGCUCUCAGGCACUACAUCUAGACUGUUCAUGAGUGGUGAGCCACAGUUUGUGUGGGCGUUUGUCAAGCAUUACUUGGUCAGCCAGACCAACCUGCAAAAGUGCUUGUCACUCCCCACUCCUUUGCCAAGGAGCAAAUGUGGAGAUUCUGCAACUAUCAUCAAAAAACUCUAAAGCAGCUUUUAAAUAGGGAUAAAAUUUGUGAAUGUUCCAUUGAGGCCACGUUCUGAUUCUCUAUACCUGUUGAUUUUUACAGUUUUUUUGGCAAUCCAGAGUCACUGAGAACUAAUUACUCUGAGAGGUCUUGUAGCUAAAAUGCUAAUCUUUUCCUGUGUUCAUAUGUUCUCUAUUGCAAUGUCUCUACUUGUUCACUUCUCUGACAGAUUGAUUAUUCAGAUAAAUGCUCACACUGUUCAAAAUUUCGUGAAAAUUCCUCUAAUUGGAACAAUGAAUGCCUCUGUUCUAUCAAUUUCACACUAGCAGAAGAUAUACUGGGUGACGUGUUUAUGUACUAUGGCCUGCAAAACUUCUAUCAAAACCAUCGUCGAUACGUGCUGUCAAGAAGUGAUGAACAAUUGUUGGGUCGAGAUGUAGAUGUUCAGAACACCUACUGUGCACCCUUUGCUGCUUACCAAAAUGGAACACCAAUGGCCCCGUGCGGUGCAAUUGCCAACAGCAUGUUCAAUGAUACUAUUGAUCUUUUUUACAAUUUUAACUCAACUGUUAUUCAAGUACCGCUGCUGAAGACUGGAAACAGUUGGUGGACAGAUAAAAAUGUGAAAUUUCGCAAUCCAGCAUCACGCAAUCUCUCUGCUGCAUUUGCAGGAACAGCAAGACCUCCUUAUUGGCAUAAACCAGUGUAUUUGUUAGAUGAGGAAGAUGAAAAGAACAAUGGUUAUAUAAAUGAUGACUUUAUUAUCUGGAUGCGAGUAUCAGCCUUUGCUACAUUCAGAAACCUUUAUCGUCGUGUCAGCCGGAAAGGGAGGUUUACUGAUGGCCUCCCAGCAGGGAAUUAUACUUACCAUAUUUCCUACAACUUCCCUGUUUCCAAAUUCAAGGGGAAGAAGUACGUGAUUCUUUCAACCAUGGUAUGGAGCGGAGGAAGUAAUCCAUUCCUGGGAAUUGCCUACUUGGUUUGUGGCACAGCAGCAACCCUGACAGGUUUUAUCAUAACUGCCAUCCACUUAAAGCUCAGAAAAAAGAAAACAUACUUUCAGAGACGCUGAUGUUCCCUGGAUGGCUAAGCAAAGGCAAACGUGUGCUGUGAACAAAGAGCAGGCAGCACAGGUCUUUCGUUCUUUCCCCUAAGCUCUAGAUCUGCUUUAGUAACAGGUUUGAUGAAUGUAAGCAAACUGAGGGACAAUGCUCAUUCAUCAUCCAAACCCAAACUUAAGCAAGACUGCAUUAUUAUUAAUGCAUAUAUGCUCCUAAAUUUGUUUCCUAGGAAACUUGUAGUGAGAUGAGUGUCAAACAACAGAUACUGUAGUGAUUUGGAAUUGCAAUGGCAGCAGAACUGUAUGAUAACUAUUGUUCAUCCAGAAGUCAGGAUUCUAUACUCAUUUCUUACUCAGCCCUUUGUUGCUACGGUAUUUCUAUUGACUUAAAUGGAGCUUUGGAUGGGUAAAGAGUGAGAUCUUGAUCCAGCAAAGAGCUUGAGCUGGUAGAACCUAAUGCUUAAGCCCCCUUGUUGGCCACGUGUAUGGGCUGACUGGCUUGGCACAGGUUGUAUAAAUCUUUUUCAACUAUCCUGGAAAAGCAGACAAUUUAUUUGUAUAUUAGUGUAGCAUAAUCAUCACCGUUUAACACUUGACUUACAAUAGAAUAUCGAUCACGUUUUAGGAACAUGGAGUGUGUUUAAACCCCUUAUGUUGGUUUUAUACGAGUGUCGAGACUAGCCUGCAGAGCUACAUAGAGGACAUGAAAACAUUGACUUAUAUUUUAAAAAUUACAGUUUAAUAGCUUAAAGUAACAGCUCCUUCAGUGCUAACCAUUUCAGCAGAACCUUCUAGCUGAUGCAACCUACCUACUGCAGCCUUCCGUGUAAGAGCUCACGCUGACUCUCAGUGGCAUGAAAUGUCUGUUCUCCGCUCAGGUCCCCAUUUCUGUGGUGCAGAAACUCAAUGUCAGUAGUAAACAUAAAACAUUAGAAAAUGUGACAGCUUCAUUUUCAGAAAACAAACACUGCAGCUGGUGAAUAGAUUGUUAUCCAUUUUCAUCUUCCAUGUUCAAAAUCUCAAAUGCUUUGAAGGUAUUUCCAGAACGCAGGAAUAGAGCUGAAGAAUUUAGGUCAAGUAUACCAUAGCACAUGUGAGUUGUUUUUAAAAACAAUUCUUCCAUUACACAAGUGGAAAUGGAAUAAAACACUCUUAAUUUCUUCAACAAGUACUGUGUGUGUCUUACCCUUCCACUCCCCUUUCCCCCCCCCCCAGAAAAGAAGCCCACACCACUGAGAUGACAAAGAAGACACAGACUAGAGCAAGAGAAGGGAGUGUGGCACAGGGAAGCUGUGUGAUGCUGUCAAGUCUGGUUUGCUGUUAAAGAUGCCCGGGUCUGCCUUUAAAAGUGUAUCAGGCAUUUAAGACAUGGAACUUUGGCAGAUGGUGCGUUCUCAUUCACCAGCGGCUGUUUCUUCUAAUGUUUGCCUCUUAAUCAUGCUGUGAGCAGCGGAAAACCUGAGCUGCUCAGGUUCACAGCCCGGCCUGUCAGUACAAGCUUGCUCCAUCAAUGACUUACCCUGAUCUUCUGGGCUAACACGUGUGUCCUCUUCUGCUCAUCCUGCUCAGGGCCGGUCCCCUCCAUCAGAAAGCUGUGAAAACAGGGUUCCGGGAUUUCAAACCACUGCAUCUAUUCUUGCCAGGAGUUUGGGAGAGCCCUGUCCCUGACUGGACUGGACAAGACAGGGCACGAAGCAGUGCAUUUAGCAAUGCUUAAGCUCAUUAUUCUAAAUCACUUUUAACAAUGAGAUGUGCUCCUGAACCUUCUAAGUGCUUUUGAAAAUUUAAUCCCAUGCAGCCUUUUGGAAGGCCCCUUGGUGUUGCUGACAAAGCAGAAUCAGGACUUCUAGCUCCAAACAGACCACAGGACUCUCUUUUUUCUUUUUUUCUUUUUAAUGCUUUUUUUUCCCCAUUCCUUGUUUCUCUUUUUUUUCUUUUAAUCCUCUGAGAAACUGACUUUCAGGAAAUGAUAUAUCAUCUGGGUGCUUAAGCCACAGCACGAUUGUCAUUGGUUUCAUUUCUUCAUGGAGUAUCUGGUAAAAAUGUUACUAAAAAGAGACUGAAUAAUGAGGUAUGUAUUCCAGCGAUUCAGUGUCUACAAUAAAAAAAAAAAGUAUUUAGAAAAUGCAGUCUUGCAA